UCUCAGAGAGGUUCUGAGUCACGUUCUACGAAGCUUUAUCUAAGGAAUAGGCGUGGUUCUAUGCUUGAAGCAGAGAUUGAUGUUAAUUCUUUGGACGAGAAAGCAAAUUCUGAUCACAGAUAAUGGUAUGCAAAGAAUACAGCCAUGGAACCGAACAAGAAUUUCAGGCGUAUUCGUUUGUCUGCUUCUUCUAGAGAGGCUGUUGAUUCGUCGUUUGAUCGUUUCAUUCCUCUGGAGGAAGGUGAAGCUGUUCUAGAAAGCGAAGAGGAAGAUGUUUCAGUGAUGGGAACGUCAUGGGAGGAUGAGGUGUUGAAUAAAACCCGAGAGUUCAACAGACAGACGAGGGAACGUCCCCAUGAUGAAAAGGCUUGGCUGGCAUUUGCUGAUUUUCAAGACAAGGUUUCGAGUAUGCUGUCUCAGAAAGGUGUUCGCUUGCAGACUUUGGAUAAGAAGAUUAGUAUACUUGAGAAGGCCUUUGAAUUGAACCCAUAUAGCGAAGAACUGUUACUUGCGCUUCUCAAGGCGUACCAAAGCAGAGACAGCGCAGAUGUACUAAUCAGUAGGUGGGAAAAGGCACUUAUGCAGAAUUCCUCGAGCUACAGGCUAUGGAGGGAGUUUCUAGGUGUUGUUCAAGGGGAGUUCUCCAGAUUUAAAGUAUCAGAAGUGAGGAAGAUGUAUUCUUAUGCAAUUCAGGCACUCUUUUCUGCUUGCAGCAAGCGACAUAGGCAGAUGGAUGCAACAUCUGAACCAUUGGAUUCUACUCUCAUCCAGCAUGAACUUUUUCUAGUGGAUAUGCUAGUUAGCCUCUGCAGGUUUGAAUGGCAGGCUGGUUACCGGGAGCUGGCCACAGCGUUAUUUCAAGCUGAAAUGGAAUAUAGCAUCUUUUCUCCAUCUUUGUUGCUAAGUGAACAGAGUAAACUAAGACUGUUUGCGCACUUUUGGAGCAGUAAUGGUGCUAGAGUUGGAGAAGAAGGAGCUUUUGGAUGGUCUUUGUGGUUGGAGAAAGAGGAGGAACAAAGGCAAAAAAUGUUGAAAGAGGAAUCUUCUGAUGACAAUGACGUAGGCGGUUGGACAGGUUGGACAGAGCAAUUGUCAGAUAGGAAAGAAGACAGUAGUAUUGCUACAGCUAACCCUGGAGAAGGUGAUGUUAAUCAGGAGGGCCUGGACGAAGAAAUGGAAGACGAGGAUAGCAGGCCUGAAGAUGACACUGAAGCUAUGUUAAAGCUAUUAGGCAUUGAUGUCAACACUGCGGCCAGUGAUGAGGUUAAAGAUACUUCAACAUGGGUCAAAUGGUUUGAAGAAGAGGUUUCUCGAGAUCAAAAUCAAUGGAUGCCUACUCGAAAAGCUGGUAUUUAUCUCUACGUUUACCAUUAUUAACUUGCAAUUUAACCUAAAAUUUCCGUAACGUGCAUGUGGUUUUUAACCAUCAUGCAUCAUCCUUUAAUAGGUGAAUUCUCGAGUGUUGGUGAAAUGGGCGAGAGGGAAGAUGAAGAGCAACUCUCAAGUCUUGUACUUAUGAAGAUAUAAAUGGAUAUCUAUUUUCAUUACGUUCAAACGAAGCCUGCUUAUCUCUGGUUUACAUUUGUAUAAGUAUGGUUGACAUAAACUUUUUAAUCAUAUUUUAUUUUACAUUCUUCAAAUAUAAUAGAACAAAACAAAUAGUAUAGUACAAAUUACUGAAAUGGUGUAGAAAUAUUGUGCUACUAUGUCUCAAAUUAUCAAAUUGUAUAUUGCCUAAAACUUAUAAUAGAAAAGAUUGACAACAACGACCAACAUUUGGUUCUUUCUUAGAACUCAGUGGUUUAAAUCUCGGUUUAUGUAAUUGCACUUCUCUAUCCUGAAAAUUGACCUGAAAAAUAAGAAGACAAUGAAAUAACCUUAGAUUUCCAUGUGAAUAUAACAUACUAUUCUAUGCACCAGAUUACUACCCUAUGUAAUAUAUAUUAUACAGUAUGUAUAA